UAAACAAUGCAUGUAAAAUUCUGUGAUCGGGACAAGCGAAAAACAAAAGCCGUGUGCAGCAUAGUAAAGUAAAGUAAAGUGGUUCUUCGAAAUAAAAGGGAACCAACAAUGGCUUUCCGAGCCCUGUGCACAAGACAGAGUGAAAUAAAGCGUGGAUGUGAAAGGCUUGGCGUUGUUGUUUCAAAAUGUCUGCAGUCCACUGAUACUGCAUCACAGAAAACCUAUGGACCAUUAAAGGAUGAAGAUCGCAUAUUUACAAAUUUAUAUGGACGUCAUGAUUGGAAAUUAAAAGGAGCUAUGGCACGAGGUGAUUGGCAUAAAACAAAGGAGAUUGUUUUAAAAGGACAUGAAUGGAUUCUUGGAGAAAUCAAAACAUCGGGACUUCGAGGAAGAGGAGGGGCUGGAUUCCCAACUGGUCUCAAAUGGAGUUUUAUGGACAAACCUUCCGAUGGUAGACCAAAAUAUUUAGUUGUGAAUGCUGACGAAGGAGAACCUGGGACUUGCAAAGAUCGUGAAAUAAUGAGGCACGAUCCACAUAAACUCGUGGAGGGAUGUCUAGUGGCAGGCAGGGCUAUGGGUGCAAGAGCAGCAUAUAUAUACAUCCGUGGAGAGUUUUACAAUGAAGCUUCCAACAUGCAGGUUGCUAUCAAUGAAGCCUAUAAGGCUGGAUUGAUUGGUAAAAAUGCGUGUGGUACUGGCUACGAUUUUGAUGUGUUUAUGCAUCGUGGUGCUGGUGCGUACAUCUGUGGGGAAGAAACAGCUUUGAUUGAGAGUUUGGAAGGUAAGCAAGGUAAGCCUCGUCUAAAACCUCCAUUUCCUGCUGACGUUGGUGUAUUUGGCUGUCCAACAACUGUGGCGAACGUAGAAACAGUAGCAGUUGCUCCGGAGAUAUGUCGUCGUGGUGGCAGUUGGUUUGCUGGUAUGGGAAGAGAAAGAAAUUCUGGUCAAAAGUUGUUUAAUAUAUCUGGCCACGUGAAUCAACCUACCACGGUAGAAGAAGAAAUGUCUAUUCCACUAAAAGAGUUAAUUGAAAGACACGCAGGAGGAGUGAUCGGUGGGUGGGAUAACUUGUUGGCAAUUAUACCAGGUGGUUCAUCUACUCCACUUAUACCAAUAGAUGUUUGCAGUGACGUCAUGAUGGAUUUUGACGAUUUGAUUCGCGCUCAAACUGGUCUAGGAACAGCCGCCAUUAUUGUUAUGAACAAACAGUCCGAUUUAGUACGAUGCAUUGCACGACUUAUUGAAUUUUACAAGCACGAAAGUUGCGGUCAGUGUACGCCAUGUCGUGAGGGCGUUGGAUGGAUGAACAAAAUUAUGGCAAGGUUUGUCGAAGGAAAAGCUAAACCUGGAGAGAUUGAUAUGCUAUGGGAGGUCAGUAAACAAAUUGAAGGACAUACAAUUUGUGCCCUGGGUGAUGGCGCUGCCUGGCCUGUCCAGGGAUUGAUUCGUCAUUUCCGCCCCAUGUUGGAGGAAAGAAUGGAAAAACACCAAGAAGAAUUCGAUCGUAAAAUGGCGGCUACAGCUGUGUAGAUACAAUAUUUUUAUUGCGCUUUGUGUAAAUAUUCAAAUAGAUAAUGUG